CUGGGUGGCGCGCGGGCUCUAACCCGGCGGAGGCGCCUGAGUCACCCGCCCCGCCCUCCCGAGCCGGACACAGCGGGAGGCCCCAGAGCAGGAGAGAACGAUCGUGGACCGCCGGAACCGACUCAGUUGCAGUCAUGUUCCUAGUUAAUUCGUUCCUGAAGGGCGGCGGCGGCGGCGGCGGGGGCGGCGGGGGUCUGGGCGGAGGCCUGGGGAAUGUGCUCGGCGGCCUGAUCAGCGGAGCUGCGGGCGGCGGCGGCGGCGGCGGCGGCAUGGGAAUGGGAGGAGGUGGCGGGGGCGGUGGAACUGCCAUGCGCAUCCUGGGCGGAGUCAUUAGCGCCAUCAGCGAGGCUGCUGCUCAGUACAACCCGGAGCCCCCGCCCCCACGUGGUCAUUUCUCGAAUAUCGAUGCCAAUGAGAGUGAGGAGGUCCGGCAGUUCAGGAGACUUUUCGCCCAGCUGGCUGGAGACGACAUGGAGGUCAGCGCCACAGAACUCAUGAAUAUCCUCAACAAGGUCGUGACCCGACACCCGGAUCUGAAAACUGAUGGUUUUGGUAUUGACACUUGUCGAAGCAUGGUGGCUGUGAUGGAUAGUGACACCACAGGCAAGCUGGGCUUUGAGGAGUUCAAGUACCUCUGGAAUAACAUCAAAAAGUGGCAGGCUAUAUACAAACGCUUUGACGUUGACCGAUCGGGGACCAUCAGCAGCAGUGAACUCCCAGGGGCCUUUGAGGCAGCAGGAUUCCACCUGAAUGAACAUCUCUACAACAUGAUCAUCCGGCGCUACUCGGAUGAGAGUGGCAGCAUGGACUUCGAUAACUUCAUCAGCUGCUUGGUCAGGCUGGAUGCCAUGUUCCGUGCUUUCAAGUCUCUCGACAAAAAUGGCACUGGACAGAUCCAAGUGAACAUCCAGGAGUGGCUGCAGCUGACUAUGUAUUCCUGAACGGGGAUCGCAGACCCGCCCUCUCACAGCUCACUAUGGAGCCACCUUGCACCCUGAUCCUCUGCCGCCAUAUUUUUAUGGUCA